UGCCGCACCGCCCGCUCCGACUCGCCGACGUAUUUGUCCAAGAGCUCCGGACCUUUGACCGAGAUAAAAUUGGCCCCGCUCUCAUGGGCGAUGGCCUUCGCCAGCAGCGUCUUCCCGCACCCGGGAGGCCCAAAGAGGAGGACGCCGGCAGGGACAGUCAAUCCCAGGGAGAGGAAGAUUUCCGGAUGGGCGAUGGGCUCCAAGACGGACAUGGACAGCUCCUCGCGCACAGGCGCCAGCGCCCCCACGUCCUGCCAACUCACGUCGGGGACGGCGGCGAAGCCUUCGCGUUUGGCCGACGGUUGGACCUUUUUCAGG